GCUCGACGUGUGGUUGUUCUUGCUGCCCAUUCCAUCCAAGUGGUGUUCAUGUGGUCUUGUCCUCUAAAAGUCAGGAUGGCAUCUAAUAAAGAACAGUUUUUCUCCGUGUGGUUGGAUUCUUGGCACAGGUUGAGGCAGGUGUCAGAGCUGGCUGAUGUCAUUCAUGGUGUGGUGUGUGUGCAGGUGUGGGGAUGUGGCCUGGGGCUACCUAGGGAGUUACCCAGCUGAUGGCUGAGGAAGGCAGCAGCUGGUGGGACCAUUGGGCACGUGCCAUGAGCAGGCUUCAUGUGUUGCCACUAAGAAGUACUGCCCCUUGUCUACAGCCUCCCUGCCAGCCCAUGAGAGGAAAGACAGCGAGUCGGGUGGCUCAGCUGGAUCUGGCCUCUGCGUUUCCUCAGAUGACAGCGGUGGGGUUGGUGGGGGUACAGCACUCCUAACACAGACAGCAUUGUCAGCCCAGCACACCCAAGGGCCAGGAAACGUCCCGCGCUGUGGAACGUCUGUGUCACAGCAGCUCCUCGGUGGUGUGACAGGCAUAUGAUCUUUCUGUGGUGUCUUUUACUCAAAGAUAAGCAUCUUCCCUAUUUUUUUCUUUCUUAACAAGUUACAGAAUAAUGGUCAAGGUUGGAAUUCCUUAAAAAUAAAAGCAAAAGAACAGAACCUUGCUUUGUGCUUUUGUGGGAGCUAGUGAUUUGAAAACGGUCCUGUUAGCGAUAUGGCAACAUAACAUCCACCACUCAAAAGCAGUAGACUUUUAAGCUCCAGUAUUCUUGUUUUUUGUUUGUUUGGAAUUAUAAUGCCUUUUAUGCAGGCCUCGACGGCCUGUUCUUACAGCGUUUUCCCUGCACAGAAACUCUCAGUGAUGCAGUGUGGGUCCAUUGCAUAGGAUUAUCAUUUAAUUGCUGAUCCGAAUUUCCAGCUGAGGGGUUUAAGUGAAGCACCAUCAUAUUGAAAUGUGCACUUGCUGUGUAUGUGUUGCACAUCGGUUUCUUUCUGUUGUAUAUCGGUCACUGUUAGUCAUCCCUGUUGAUUCUUCUCUUAGAUGGAAAUCUACGUUUUAGUUUUUGUAAAAUUAUUCUAAUUCUCAUCACAUGAAAGAAAAAAAUGUUAAAAUAAGUGCUGUUUAUGGAAAAUUUUUAGCAAACACUUUGUCAUACAUUUACCCAUGGCUCAUUUUGAGCUUUGAAAGAGAUUAAAGCUUGAGAAGUGUGAUGCUGCCUACCUGCUGCUGUGGACAGACUUCCAAAAUAAAACCUUUAACAACCAUUAGCAACAGAGCUCUGCACAUCCCUGGUCUGGAGACAUGAGCAUGCCCGGAGCCAGGCUGUGUAGAGCAGAAUGAGAAGCUGUGGCUGUGAACUGUGUUCACUUGUGUCAGAGGAGCUUGGAGGAGAGGAGCUCUUAUCUGUCAGGACAAGUUGUUUUCUGUGGUGAAUGAUGGUUGAUGCUGAAAUGCACUUCCAUUCUUGUACUAAGCCACAGUAUAGGUUUGUUUCAAGAGCUUCUGUACAUUCAAAACAAGAACAGACAGUGUGAACACCUUCCGUAGCACGUGAUAAAGGUGCUGUUUUCCACGCGGCAUGGGUAUGCACAGUGCCUGCAUAUUGCAGCACGCUCAAUUGGAUUCCAGUACUUGGGUUUUAGACUCCAGCCAGCAACACACGACCAAAUAUCUUCUUCUGCGUAUUUGAGAUCUGAAUUCAGGCCCACAGUGGAAAUGUUGUCUGUGCAAACAGCCACGCUAUUAUUAGUACUUCCUCAAUUAUGUGAGCUACAUGCCAGUCUUUGUUGAGGAUUUUCAUCGCAUGUAAAUUUUUUUUGGUUGGAGUUACCAAAUAUGAGAGAGAGAAAUUGCUACUGUUUUAAAUUCUUUCGUUGCUUACUGUGUAGGGCUGGAUUUUACCGAUCCAUACCAUUUGAAUUUGUGCACCUUCAUCUUCCUAGUAGAAUUGCAGCGUAUGAUAGGAUGAGUAUUUCAGCAAUAUCACAGAGUGAUUGGGAACUGGGGAUUUGAUGAUUUUAGGUAUGAAACCCAUCUCAAGUCUGUAUUUUUUUCUUGCUUCCUUGCUUAUUUAAAAGAAAAUUCUUUCUGUGAGCAAAGGAGAGAAAAGCCAUUGAAACAGUCAGUUGCUGCACAGCUGGUUGCUAGCCUGAUGUGACUGCUUUUUGUCAGACUCCGAAAUUUGAAUGUAAAUAGUACCCUGAACAUCUCUAAAGGUCACUGGGAGGAUAGGAGGAGCUGGCUGAUUUUUCUCCAUCAGAAAGGGCCUACUGCUAGAGAAAGAGAACCUUGCCUUAAAUAGAACCAUCAGUAGGAAAUUAGAUUUCAGCAGGAGAUGACUGCAGAGGAGGACUUUAAUUGUGAUGGGAUACAGCAAGUUAGUGUAGGUGAGCGUGUGCUAAUGUGAAACGUUAGAAAGCUAUGUGUGGGGAAGGAGGUGAUCAGGCAUGUGCAGGAAGGGAAGAACAAAACAGAUGCGCUGCUCUGGAAAACUGCACCAGGGCUUUUCUCUGAGUGCUUUCCAGCUGUUUCCAAAUGUAUCUGCAGCUAAACAGGCCCCUAUUAAUCCAAAAUUCCGGGAGAAAAUCCAAGAUCAAGUGGGAAAGGUAUUUCUGUAAUCCUGCAAAGAACGGACACGUACAUGUGGUCAAAACAGAGUUGGAUCGAUGAAGUCAAGGCUCAUUUAGUUAUCUUCUGAGCCGUUGGUGAGCACUUGGUGGAGAAGGCAGGGCAACUCAAAACUGCAGCAGUGACAGUCUGAUGCUGUUGGUAUUUGGAACCUCGCUGAAUGUCUUUAUGAUUGUUUUCCUACCUCCACCAGCCACUUGGAAGAACCCGUAGUUAUUAGAAACCUGUAGUGCAGCUGUCACGCUUUUCCCACUGAGACACUCCGGGCCACGUAAGAAAGCCUCUGUCUCCAUCUGCAGAAAUUAGAAAUGUAACAGAAGAAACAGAAACUGUGCUUUCAUCUGCAUCAUUGAGUAGUGGAAAUUGUAACUACAGCUGCAUCCAGAAGUAGGAACAGCGCUGGCACCUGCUGGGGUACCAGACCUGCGGGGGCUGUGACUCGUCUUUGCUUAACCGCGCUCUGUUUGUGGGCAAGAAAACUAGAGCCCGCAUCUGCAGUGAGCCCUGUGCUGGGGCAUGUCAAGAAGUUUCCCUCAUUCUUAACUUCCCUUUCCUUGUCUUCUUCUACCUCCCAUUUGUUUGCUGUGCUUCUGCCUUUUCUAACUGAUUCAUACAGUUUUAACCGAACUAAAUGAGUAAAAGAAAUACCCAGAAUGUCACUGAUUAGUUCUCAGCGUGUGCAGUGUUUUGGUUGCGUCUCUUAAAAAAUGUUGAGGCUUUCUGUUUUCUUUAUUGGAAAGACUUUGUGGUCUUUUGGUUGAUUGGUUUGGUUUUGUGGUGUGCAGGACAGUGCCGUCUACAUACCGUAGUACUGUUUUCUUCUUACUGUGUGCUGUAUGGGCCAGAGACAGAGCAUAAGGAAUAAUUUCUGUGAAAUUCCACCCUCAUUGCAGGUAAGAAACUUCUGCUUCUGAGCCUAUAAAAUCAUCAAGGAAAGACUUGACCCUUGGUCUGAAGCUUUAUUGUAAAUUACAGUCUGUUUAUUGUAGCCUGGUAAGCAGAUGCAGUCUCUUAGCUCUCUUGUUUGAUGCUGUUACGUUGAAGAAUGAGUGAGGGUGGCAUCUGGUCCUGGAUCUGUGUGUUGCUCUCACCUGAGCCUGGAGGUGCUGCAGCUCUCUGAUGCCUCAGCUCAGGUCAGAUGUACAACUGCCUGCACUGACGACUGUAGCUUGAAAAACGUAACUGAAGAAAUGGGAACUAGUAGUAAUGAUGAAUUAUCAGUGAAUGCUACAAGUGGGAACAGAAGAUUAUCAGAGGAUGUGUCACUACCUGGCAGGGCGAUGAGUGAUCAGAACAGCGUAGCACAGCCCCGUGCAGUACUUGAUCUCAAGACAGAGUAUGUGGGUGUGACCUCUGUCAACUUAACCUGGACGGUGAAUGACACAGAUUCAGCUUCCUACACAUACAGAAUAGAGGUUAGAAAUGGGUCCUCCAUUAACAACAAGACAUCAGAUAUCACUGAUGCUGAAAUUACUGGGUUAAUCCCUGGGACGCUGUACACUUUCACAGUCUUUGCAGUAGCAGCGGAUGGUCAGACAGCAGGAGAAGGAGCAUCCAUAAGCCUUUAUACAAAGCCCAGCCCAGUGCUUGAUCUCAAGGCAGAGUAUGUUGGUGUGACUUCUGUCAACUUAACCUGGACGGUGAAUGACACAGCGUCAGCCUCCUACACGUAUAGGAUAGAGGUUACAAGUGACUCUUCUAUUGACAGCCUGACAUCGAGUGUCACAAUGGCUGAGAUUACCGGAUUAAUCCCUGGGACAUUGUAUAGUUUUAAGGUUUUUGCAGUAGCAGCUGAUAAUCGGACAGAAGCGGAUGGAGCAUCCAUAAGCCUAUAUACAAAGCCCAGCCCAGUGCUUGAUCUCAAGGCAGAGUAUGUUGGUGUGACUUCUGUCAACUUAACCUGGACGGUCAAUGGCACAGCUUUGACUGCGUACACGUACAGGAUAGAGGUUAGGAAUGCUACUUCCAUUAGGAACGAAACAUCAAAUAUCAACAAAAUUGAAAUUACUGGGUUAAUCCCUGGAACAUCCUAUAACUUCAAAGUAUUUGCAACGCCAGUCAACAAUACAACUGAAGAAGAAGGAUUGUCCUUAAACCUGUAUACAAAGCCCAGCCCGGUGCUUCGUGUUGUGACAGAAUAUGUGGGUGUGACUUCUGUCAACUUAACCUGGAUGGUGGAUGACACAGCUUCAGACUCCUACACGUACAGAAUAGAGGUUAGAAAUGGGUCCUCCAUUAACAACAAGACAUCAGAUAUCACUGAUGCUGAAAUUACUGGGUUAAUCCCUGGGACGCUGUACACUUUCACAGUCUUUGCAGUAGCAGCGGAUGGUCAGACAGCAGGAGAAGGAGCAUCCAUAAGCCUUUAUACAAAGCCCAGCCCAGUGCUUGAUCUCAAGGCAGAGUAUGUUGGUGUGACUUCUGUCAACUUAACCUGGACGGUGAAUGACACAGCGUCAGCCUCCUACACGUAUAGGAUAGAGGUUACAAGUGACUCUUCUAUUGACAGCCUGACAUCGAAUGUCACGAUGGCUGAGAUUACUGGAUUAAUCCCUGGGACAUUGUACAAUUUCACAGUCUUUGCAGUAGCAGCUGAUAAUCGGACAGAAGCGGAUGGAGCAUUCACAAGCCUCUAUACAAAGCCUACACCAGUGACUGAUCUCAAGGCAGAGCAUGGUGUGACUUCUGUCAGCUUAAAUUGGAUGGUGAAUGACACAGCUUCAGACUCCUACACAUACAGAAUAGAAGUUAGAAAUGGACACUCCGUUAACAACAAGACAUCAAAUAUCCCUGAAACUGAAAUUACUGGGUUAAACCCUGGGACGCUGUACACUUUCACAGUCUUUGCAGUGGCAGCAGAUGGUGAGACAGAAGGAGAAGGAGCAUCCAUAAGCGUUUAUACAAAGCCCCGUGCGGUACUUCAUCUCAAGACAGAGUAUGUGGGUGUGACUUCUGUCAAUUUAACCUGGACGGUGAAUGACACAGAUUCAGCUUCCUACACAUACAGAAUAGAGGUUAGAAAUGGGUCCUCCAUUAACAACAAGACAUCAGAUAUCACUGAUGCUGAAAUUACUGGGUUAGACCCUGGGACGCUGUACAUUUUCACAGUCUUUGCAGUAGCAGCGGAUGGUCAGACAGCAGGAGAAGGAGCAUCCAUAAGCCUUUAUACAAAACCCAGCAUGGUGCUUAAUCUCAAGGCAGAAUAUGUUACUAUGACUUCUGUCAACUUAACUUGGAUGGUGAAUGACGCGGAGUCCGCCUCCUAUACAUAUAGGAUAGAGGUUGCACAUGAGAGCUUAAUUAACGAGACGAUGUCAAAUGUCACUAAAAGUAUUGUAACGUAUUUAAUCCCUGGGACCUCUUACAAUUUCACGGUCUUUGCAAUAGCGGCUGAUAAUCAGACAGAAGGAGAAGGAGCAUCCAUAAGCCAAAAUACAGUUCCUUCCUCAGUGAAUGCAUUUCAGUGUGAAGCAGUGGCUAAUAUGUCUUACCUAACGCUGAAGUGGAACUGUCCUUAUGGUGGCUAUUCUGGCUUUGAUAUUGAAAUAUUUAAUGGUACUUGGACAAAAAAGCAACAGAGUCAAUUCUGUGGGAGAGAAGGCUCAGAAGAAAUCUUCAAAACAGAACCUUUAGAUUAUUACAAAACCUAUACUGUUAGUGUUACAACUGUUUCAGACGGUUUAACGAGUCUUCCAGUGCAGAAAAUAUGUAAAACAAGCAUUACAGAUCCACCUGUUCCAAACAAAGCUCCUUUAGUCAAGGCAGUCAGUCACAACUCAUUGUCUGUUGAAUUUCCCGAUUUUGAGUCAGUGAACGGACCGUUAAAAGCUUAUGCAGUAAUGAUCGUAACUGAAGCAGAAGGUUGUUUGCCUUCAAAGUCUGAUUUGGACUACACAUACAAUGAUUUCAAGCAGAAGAUGACAGCCACCUAUGUGACAUAUGUCAUAGACGUAGAGGAGAUAUCAUCAUCUUCCCAUUCUCAGAACGGGCACAACAUUGUUGACGUAGGCAAGGGAAACACCAUGUAUGGCUAUGAAAAUGGACCAUUGAUUCCUCUUCAUUCAUACAGAGCAAGCGUUGCAGGUUUCACUAAUAUAAACUUUACAGUGGCCAACAAAAUUAUGGGAGAACAAAGUUAUGUGUCAUUUUCGCCCUGUUCUGAGGUGGUUUCAUUACCCCAGGAUCCAGGUGUUAUUGCUGGAGCCGUUAUUGGAUGCCUUUUAGCUAUAUUGGCGGUAGUAGCUAUAGGGGGUUACAUAUUCUGGAGGAGGAGAAGGAAAGAUAAAAGAAAUACUGAAGUGUCUUUUUCUCCAAUUAAAAUAAAGAAAUCAAAAAUGAUUAAAGUGGAGAACUUUGAGUCCUACUUUAAGAAGCAGCAAGCAGACUCCAACUGUGGUUUUGCUGAAGAGUAUGAGGAACUCAAGUCUGCUGGUGUUCAUCAGCCCAAAUUUGCUGCUGAAAUCGCUGAGAACAGGGGGAAAAAUAGAUACAACAAUGUCUUACCAUAUGAUAUUUCUCGUGUUAAACUUUCAAAUCCAAGCUGUACAACUGAUGAUUAUAUUAAUGCAAACUAUAUGCCUGGAUACAGCUCAAAGAAGGCAUUUAUUGCUGCACAAGGCCCUUUACCCAAUACUAUAGAAGACUUCUGGCGCAUGAUUUGGGAAAAGAAUAUCUACUCUAUUGUCAUGUUGACAAAAUGUGUUGAACAGGCCCGGACGAAAUGUGAGCAAUAUUGGCCAGACAAACAAUCCAAGAGUUAUGGUGACAUUAUUGUGACAAUGGUCUCAGAAGUUGUUCUUCCAGAAUGGACGAUAAGGGACUUCAAUGUAGAGAACGCUGACACAAUGGAGAGCCACACAGUGCGUCAGUUCCAUUUCACAUCCUGGCCAGAUCAUGGAGUGCCAGAGACAACAGACUUGCUAAUCAACUUCAGACACCUUGUUCAUGAAUACAGCAGUCAGAAUCCUAUUGACUCUCCUAUUCUAGUGCACUGCAGUGCUGGUGUCGGGAGGACAGGUACGUUUAUUGCCAUUGACCGCCUGAUUCAGCAGAUUGAAAUGGAGAAUACUGUGGAUGUGUAUGGAGUGGUGUACGAUCUUCGAAUGCAUCGACCUUUAAUGGUGCAAACUGAGGACCAGUAUGUCUUCCUAAACCAGUGUGUCAUGGAUAUUAUUAGAUCACAGAAAGAGAAGAAAACAGAUCUUAUUUAUCAAAACACAACAGCAAUGGCAAUCUAUGAAAAUUUCACACCUGGACCAGCUUUUGGGAAGGCUAAUGGCUAUCAUGCAUAACGAGGACGCAGCGCAGUCUCUCCAGGAAUUGUUGUCUGUGCAUGAGAAAGGGAGAUGUUCUACUUACAUUUUCCAGGAUUGUGUGCAGUGUCUCGUGUCUGGUUUCUCCAGUUCUGUCCUCAUAUGAAGAAGCGAUCUUCUGGAGGAAAAAAAAGACAAUGCUGGCAGGAGCCAUGGAUCGAUAAAAAGAGAAACUAUUUAAAGUUAACAGAGGAAUUCUGAUUUUUCUUGGGAAUUUAACAGUACUGAUAGGUGAAAUAGCAUUUGCAGUACGAACAAUGAACUAGAAUUUAAAUAUUAAAAUAAUAACACAAGCUUUUUAUUACAAUUUUAUAUGAUUUCAUUUACAGACACCAGGCUUGUGGGCUGUUUUAAUAUAUUUAAUUAUAAGUUUUGGGAACAUAUUUUAUCUGCUGUAUCUGGUUACUUAGCUAAUAGAUAUGUGCCUCUGUGAUUUAUUUUUUUUCUGAAUUUUCCUUUUUAUUUAAAAAAGGAGUACAAACACCUCCUCCCAAUGGACAUUUGUACUUGGAAAUUGUGCCUUUUCUAGUUGCUACUCUAGGAAAAAAAGAAAAAAAACAGCAGAGAUUCUAUUUUUGUACUGAAACUCUUAAUGAGAACACAGAUUUUUAAAUAAGGCUUAUGUCAAACUUAACUGUAGUUGCACUGUUGGCAGGACUCUCCAGAAGUUUGGAGGUGAGCUUUGUUUUUGCAUUUCACCACAAAUAUCCCUGCCUUAAUGUUUCGGUGCCUCUGCUAGAGGAAAAGGAGUGUAAUGUGUCACUCAGAGCUUUAACUGUAGUGAAAAACUGAGCAAGUGCGUACGUGGAUGUGUGUGCAGGGAUGUGUGUGUGGGUGUGUAUGAAGGACAGAAUAGCUCCUCCCUGUUCCUGGUUGAUAUUCCUGUUUUUAUACAAUGAUGAUUUAUUUAAAGGUGCAAUAUAUGAUUUACUGAAUAAUGAUCGCUCUAUUCUAAUAGAGUUUUACUCAGGUUGGUGUCUUUUUAUCAUUGUUGUUGUUUCUCCUCAAAUGUAUAAAUCUGUGAAAAUGCUGAACUAAGUUUCCAAGUGUCCAAGCGCUCCCAAACAGAUUGACUGGCUUUACUGAUUCUACCAAAACGAAUUGCACAAACUUCUGCUGUAGAGACCAAUUUCUUGUUUGUUUCAGCCAUUCGGAACUCAAGUACAUCUUACCCGCCUCCAUCUCAUUGAUAUAACAUAAUUGUUUUGUAAUUGUUUGCAAUGUACUGCUGCUGUUAUUUUAACUGGUCCUUUUAAAAACAGAACAAACGUGCAGAAAACCCGUAGUUGCUGGUUUUGCAAGCCAAGGAUUUGAUGAGAUUUAUUUUGCUGGUACGUGACUGCUAGACUUAUGAAGGCAUUGCCAAUGAAGGACUUCUGAAGUACUUUGGAGGGGAUGUAGGUUUUUUUUUUUUUGAUCUUCAGAUCAUUGCACUGGUUGCAUUGCAAAGGAAUAUGAAGUUUUGGAAUAACGCUAUAGAAUAGCUAUCAAGUGGUGAAAAUCUUGUGAAGGGUUUAAUCACCAGAGUCCCUGGAAUUCUGCUGCUUUUGUUUGGCUUUUUUAUUUGUUUCUUUCUUUCUUAGUUUUUGGCAGAGUUGUCAGAAAUAGCUACUAUACUUGGGGUUCGGGAAGAUGUAGGAAUUCCUGCUGCACAGCGGUAACGUUACAGGAUAACCAGAGGAACUCUACAACAGUGUGAAACUGUGGUGUGUUGUGUGAGCAAAUCUGGAGAACCAACCACAAAGUGCUUCAGCCUUUUUUCUCAUAGCAGACACUUGUGGGUUCUUGAAUAUUUUUUUCUCUCUUUCUCUGAAAUACUUUUUUUUUUUUUAAAUCAACACGCACACAUAAAUACCCACAAAAACAAGCCAGAUCCAUGAGGUUAGAGAUCCUGCCUAACCCUACCCAAAAUGGUGUUCCACAUAGUGGAUCUUAUUGUGCUCAUGUGACAAAUAAGCCAAUGGGACCACAAAGAACCAUUCCAAAGGAACUGAGAAGGCAGAAAGCCUGCCCCUUACAGAUACUUUCCUUCUUUCCUUUCCAUCUUCUAAAUGCUACACAUCUGUGCAGAGCACAGAGCCAGUAUUCAUUAUUCCAGGUCUCCAGGAGCUUGCCGCCUUAAGGUGGUGAAUGCUCUUUUGCUUCAGAAGACCAUUCUUUUACACAGUGUAGAAGAGGGGGAGGUGAAUCCUAGUUUGGAUCCUGCCUUUGCAUUAUGUUGCAGUGGAGCCUAUGAAAACUAACUAGAAUAGGAAGUGUUUCUGCCUGGCCACCCCACCACCCAGAUAGUCUUGCAGAAAAUAAAAGUAUCUAACCCAUUGUUUUGAGAUUGGAAACAGGUGCCAAAGUUUCACUUGUCAUCAUCUAUGGGGUAUCCAUUUUUAAAGCAAUGGCAUCCACUUCAACAAUUCUGUGAUUUAUUUUUUUUUUCUGAAAGUGAAUCAUUCUUGCAAGGGACUCAAGUUGAAACUAAAUGACCUGCUGAUCCCAAAUAGAAGUGGAAAAAAUUGGUAAGGCUUCCAAUGUUUUGUCAAUGUGAGUAGGAAAUGCCUCAUAGCAUAUCUCUGCAGGAAGAAGAGGAUUGCAGGUAAUCCUCUACUAGGGAUCUCUUGUGGAUCCCUGUUGGCCAAGAUGACUUGAAUUCCUGCACACUUUUUUUCACCGCAUUCUGAAGAUCUCUGUGUUACAAUUGCUGAGAUCCGUCUCUUUAUGCAGUGUUUUCUCUUGCUGUUGCUUAUCUAAACCUAUUCACUUUCCAGGCUCAAAGCUCCGCUGUGUGGUAAUUACAUCUCCUGCAUUUCUGUUUCAGCCUUUUUUCCAUUUGGGGCCUGCUUAAGAAGGGAAAAGUUGGUGUGUUUCAAAUAAGUGACUGUUAGUUAAAUAUCUUGAAAUGAUGUACAAAUUUUAUUGUUUUCAUGUUUGUUGUACAGGAAAUUUCAGCACGUCUAAAAUGUUUUUUUUAAUUUGAUUUGUUUUUAAAAAUAUAAAAAUAACAAUUAAAAAGCAUCAUCCGGA